AAUCAAAGAAAUCUUCAAUAUAUAAGAAAUAAUAUAGUACAUCACAUGCCUUGAAAAAUUUAUUUAAAAAUUGAUUAUGCAAUUACAAAAUUCUCAAUCGUAUUUAUUACCGAAGACAUCCUUCAAUAGUAAAAGAAAAUUCAUUUCCUGUUGCUUACGUUCAGUGUGAUCGUGUAUUUUUAAGAACGUGUAACGAUUUUACUAUCUAUUUUAUUUCAUUACACUUGCAAUUAGUACGUAACAUAGAGAAGAAUUACUCUGCAAAAAAAAAAAUGAAUCGUAUAAAGAAAAUUAUUUCCAGUAAAGAAACUCGAGAUUAUUUUCUGAGUACACAUUUUUGGGGACCAAUUGCAAAUUGGGGUAUUCCAAUUGCUACUAUUGCGGAUAUAAAAAAAGAUCCAAAAUUUAUUAGUGGUAAAAUGACUAUCGCUUUAUGUGUAUAUUCAGCAGCAUUUAUGAGAUUUGCAAUCAGAGUGCAGCCACGCAAUAUGCUACUUUUUGCUUGCCACUUUGUCAACGAAGGAGCACAAAUUACUCAAGGUUGUAGAUUUAUAAAAUAUCACUAUCUAGAUAAGAAAAAGCCAGAAGAAUAAAGAAUAAUGAAUAUCCCAACUGCCAAAGAAAAGAAUGGUUCAAAAAACUUACAGUUUAAUAUUUUCAAAUAUUAUAGUAUACUGAUAGGUAUUUCUUAACUUAAAUAUCUGUAUAUAAAAAGGAAUAUUCACUGUUAUACCUAAUAAAUGUAGAUGAUUGAUAUAAUGUGUUUCUUACAAACAUAUGUAUCAUAAUUAUUAUGUACAGACAAAAAUAAAAAUGUUUAAUAUUUUUA